AUGGCUCCCAUACAUAGAGUUGCUGUUAUACAAUGGCAUAUCAAAAACCUGGAUCCGGAAUACAAUCAUUCAUACGCAGUCUCCUAUAUUACAUCUGCUGCGGCUGAUGGCGCCACGCUUGCUGUGCUUCCUGAAUACCAUCUCUGUGGCUGGGCCCCGGAGUCACCACUUUUCUACUCGCUUGCACUUAAGGCACAAACCUACCUCGACGCUUACUGUCAGCUAGCGAGAGACCUCCACAUCAACAUCGUACCGGGGACGAUUAUCGAAGCACAUAGCAAAAACGAUACCGAUAACACCAACGAAAAAGAGACAGAUCACGUCCUCUACAACACCGCAUACUUUAUAUCGUCCUCGGGUAAUGUGGUUGGCAAAUACGUAAAGAAGAAUAUAUGGCAUCCCGAAAGGCCGCAUCUAACUUCCAGCGGCGCAGCUCCACAUGAGGUUUUUCAGACCGAAGUGGGCAAAGGGGCAAGCACGACGUUCCAGAAGAAGCUCUGA